UAGUGGGAAUUUAUUGGUAUCAAUGAACACAGCCGGACACGGAUCCAACGCCAAGAUUGAUAUUUGUAUCAAUUCGCUAUCAGCUUGGCUAAAUAUCAAGCGAACAGGGUAUAUAAGGAGUCUGUAAGGAGUCAAGUUUUAGCAGUUGCCGAUCAUAUCAUCCUUGCUGGUCAAGUAUGAGCGCUACACCCACUGUUCUUGUUCAACGAGUGAACUCCUUGUCGCGGGCCGCAAGGGGUAGCUCGGUAGGUUCUAGUCGAGUCAGACAGCAAUCAUUUCAUGAUUCUCGAGCAACUCAGGCAAUUAUGAUGCCAGCUUUGUCACCGUUCAUGACGGAAGGGACGAUAACGAGAUGGCUGAAGAAAGAAGGGGAAGCCUUCUCUGCUGGCGACGUCCUAUUACAAAUAGAGUCGGACAACUAUGCUACUUUGGACGUGCAAGCAGAAAUGCCAGGCGUACUGGGAAAGAUACUGAUCCCAGAUGGCACCUCUAACGUGCCAGUGGAAAAGGUUCUUGCGGUUGUAACCCGUGGUGCCCAAGAGCUUGCGCGUUUGAGACCACCUCCUCCCCGCUUGCGGCCAAUUCCUCCUCCUCUUCCACGUCUUGAUGUCCCACCAACACCUGUUCGGACGUCACGUAGCCCAUAUCCAGAGAUCCCAACGCCAAUCUCUGCUACGUCCUUUUAUCAACUUCCUUCUCCAGCCCUGCCUGAGAGUCCAACCAGUGCUCCGGCUUUGCGUCGGCCUUCGCUACACCAUCAUCACCCUCUUUCCAACGCAUCUCGAUUGGAAUUAUCCCAAAGCAAUAUCAGUGGACCUCUUAAUGCAUCCUAACACGCUCCAAGGCGGUGCUGCGUCUGUGCGGGGGAUGAUCAUGGAUCAUCACCACACUUCUUGUCCAAGUGCAGGAUUGUGUGAAUCCGAGUCUACUGUUGGAUGUGAAGCAUCUCACUCGCGGGUAGUCGAUACGCAGGUAGAAGUUGCUGGGCUAGAUUUGAGAAGGAAGAUCUUAGCGAGCUUUUCGAAAGGACCAGGUGAAAGUAACGGUGCUCUAGAGUACUUGAAUGGUAUUCUCUAGAUCAAUGGAAGAUAGCUAGACUGUAUUGUAGAGUAGAACUUGAUUCAAGCAUAAGCUGUACUUUUAUCGACAUCGGAGCCGCAGUUCGGCCACCAAUGCUAUUUUAAGGAAUCGUUCAGCAAGCUAAUUUUAGUGUG